CCUGGUCUCCUCCAUUCCGUACUCACAUGUGAGGGGAUCAACAAGGAUUUUUCAGAGGGCUGUUUGAAACAUCUUCAUUAUGAUUUUUCAAGCUAUUUUUGAUUGCAUGGACUUCACUGGUUGGCUCCUGUUUGGUUUUGCAUUGUUGCUUUUGACUGAUGUGAUGAGAAACUGGAGGCCUCACAACCUUCCACCUGGACCAUGGGCCCUGCCUUUUCUAGGAAAUGUCUUCACUGGAGUUGACUUCAAAACAAUGGAGAAGCUGGCUCAGGAGUAUGGGCCAGUGUUUAGCUUGAGGAGAGGCAGCGAGAGGAUGGUGUUUAUUUCAGGACACAAGAUGGUCAAAGAGGCACUCGUCAACCAGCUGGACAGCUUUGUGGAUCGACCCAUCGUUCCUCUCUUCCAUGUUGUCUUCAAGGGCCUCGGCAUCGCACUGAGCAAUGGUUACUUGUGGAGGAAACAGAGGAAGUUUGCCAACACUCACCUGCGUCACUUCGGAGAGGGCCUGAAGUCCCUGGAGAAAUAUCUUGAAGUGGAAAGCAACUGUCUCUGUGAAGCGUUCAAAGGGGAACAAGGAAGACCCUUCAACCCCCACUACACCCUGACCACUGCAGUCGGUAACAUCAUCUCCUCUGUGGUGUUCGGGCAUCGCUUUGAAUACAGUGACGAAAGCUUUCGCAGGGUUCUGGAGCUGGACAAUGAGGCCGUUGUGCUCGCUGGUUCUCCUCAGACUCAGCUGUAUGAUGCCUUCCCUGGCUUGUUGAAGUACCUGCCAGGGCCUCACCAGAAAGUCCACGCCAACUACGCACAGAUCACAGAGUUCCUGAGGAAGGAAAUAGAGAAGCACCAGGAGGAGUGGAACUCUGAAGACCCUCGAGAUUUUAUAGAUGUAUACCUGUCUGGGAUUGAGAAGAAUAAAGAUGAUCCUCAGGCUGGCUUCAACAUUGAAACCCUGCUGAUUUGCACGCUUGACCUGAUCGAGGCCGGGACGGAAGCAGCCGCCACCACUUUACGCUGGGUGCUCGUAUACAUGAUAAACUACCCAGAGAUACAGAAGAAAGUCCAAGAAGAGAUAGACAGGGUUAUAGGACAGUCUCGUCAGCCAACUAUGGCCGACAGACCCAACCUGCCCUACACUGACGCCGCCAUCCACGAGACUCAAAGGAUGGGAAACAUUGUUCCGAUGGGAUUUCCCAAAAUGGCGAGUAAAGACGCGACACUGGGAGGAUACUUUAUACCCAAGGGCACAGGUAUAACUACACUGCUAUCAUCUGUGCUGUUUGAUAAGAAUGAGUGGGAGACUCCAGACACCUUCAAUCCCGAGCAUUUCUUGGAUGCAGAGGGUCAGUUCCGCAGGAGAGACGCCUUCUUGCCAUUCUCAGCAGGUAAACGUGUGUGUUUAGGGGAGCCCCUGGCCAGAAUGGAGCUGCUUCUGUUCUUUACGUCUCUCCUCCAACGCUUCACCUUCUCUCCUGUUCCUGGAGAAAUGCCCAGCUUGGAGGGUGUGCUGGGCUUUACCCAUUCACCAGACGAGUUCAGGAUGCUCGCCAUACCCCGUUGAUGGCUCUCCAUCAUCCCAUCCAAAACAGAAGCAUCAAUUAGCAGGACGUCCACAGUCUUCUUGCGGCCACAAAAUCAAAGAUUUGUAUUCGUAUAAUUGUGUAAACGCAUCAAAGGUCCAUCAUCUUAAGUGAAACAAUAAGACAAUGAUUGUAUAUCGAACUUGUAACUGAAAAAUACUGAGAAUGACUUGAGUUCCGUGUGUAGAUAAAAAGUAAAUAACCAUAAUGACAAAAUU